ACGAUUGCUUUGGCUCGUCUGUCGGUAUAAAUGAAAUAUAGGCAGUACGGCUGUAAUUUUAGAGUUUGCCAGAACUGACUAACUUGUAAUUUGAUUAAUGAAAUGGAAAUUUGGCUGUAAUAACGUACGUAAUGUACAGAGAUGUGAAACAAGUUCAUGAAUUCAUGAAUUAGGACACAGUUCCUCGCUUCAUCGCUAGGGGAGCGAGGGGUGAUGGAAACUCGCCGGCUUUCGGCAAAGGAAAGGACGGUAACCGCAUUACAUGUAAACAGUUAGGUGGCGGAGGUGGUUGGGUUGGUUAAUACUCGUUCAUUUUUAUUUGAAAUGAGCGAUCAUGGUUGCAUACAUCUGAAUAAUUUUAAAGCUGCAAAAGGGAUACAGCCGUACCGAAUAAUUCACGCAUAUUUUGUUGCGUGUACAACAGCUGAGGCUCGAAGUAGAAAGGCCUUUGCGUGUUUUUGUCACAUAUGCAACAGUAUUGGAUCACGCCUACACUCAUGUCUCCACUGCAUUUUUUUCGGCUGUUAUGUUGGUGGACAUAUUCAAGAGCAUGCCAAACUCAAGAAACACUUCUUAGCUGUCGACCUUGCAUAUGGAGCAGUAUUGUGCUUCCAGUGUGGUGAUUAUGUAUAUGACCAAGAACUGGUAGCAGUAGCACAUGAACAUCGACUGAAGGCAGCAAAGUCACUUGGCAUGCCAGUUGUCUAUCAAUUUUGGGAACCAAGUCAUCGUGAAAUAGAACUCCUUCGAAGAAAUCCACGCAGAAGGAAACUAAUUGAAAAUACUACAAUAGGUCUCCGUGGUCUUCUUAAUUUAGGAAACACAUGCUUCAUGAAUUGCAUCGUACAGGCUCUCAUUCAUACGCCACUUCUUCGAGAUUUCUUCCUUGCUGACCGUCAUCUGUGUCAGUUUCAAGAUGAACCUGGCCGCUGCCUUGUGUGUGAAGUGUCCAGACUCUUCCAGGAAUUCUAUUCUGGUAAUAAGGCCCCAUUAACGCUGCAUCGCCUGCUUCAUCUCAUUUGGACACAUGCGCGUCACCUGGCAGGCUAUGAACAGCAAGAUGCGCAUGAAUUCUUCAUUGCUGCAUUAGAUGUGAUGCACCGCCACUGUAAAGAAUCCAGCCCCCUUCCAACUACAAAUCCACACCAUUGUAAUUGCAUUAUUGACCAGAUCUUCACUGGAGGACUCCAGUCUGAUGUUGUAUGCCAAGCUUGCAAUGGAGUGUCAACAACAAUAGACCCAUUCUGGGAUAUCUCUCUGGACCUUGGUCCAUCACCAAACUCAGCAGUUGUGUCUGGAAGCAGCAGUAAUGAUAAUCAGAGUCUAUCAUCUGAUCAGCAACAACAGGAACAGGAACGAACAUCAUUGGUAGACUGCCUGGAGAGGUUUACACGAGCAGAGCAUCUUGGAUCAUCUGCAAAAAUCAAAUGUAGUAAAUGUCAGAGCUACCAGGAGUCAACAAAACAAUUGACCAUGAAGAAGUUACCUGUAGUUGCAAGCUUCCAUCUUAAAAGGUUUGAACAUUCCAAUCACUUCCAUAAGAAAAUAAAGACAUUUGUGGCAUUUCCGGAACAUCUUGAUAUGACACCUUUCAUGUCGCACUGUCGGAACCACAGUAACAACAAGAUCAACACCUGUAGAGGCCUCAAUUCUGUAGCUGUACCUGACAACAGGUAUUCAUUAUUUGCUGUGAUAAACCACAUAGGUUCGCUGGAUGCAGGCCACUAUACAGCAUUCAUUCGUCAGCAGCGUGAUCAUUGGUUCAAGUGUGAUGAUCACCUCAUCACAAGAGCAAAUCUUCGAGAAGUGUUGGACAGUGAAGGCUACCUGCUGUUUUAUCACAAACAAAUCCUGGAGUAUGAAUGAUGGAAGACAAAGACUGAGGGAGUGAAGCAGGAAGACACUGGUAACUAGUGGGUUACCUUGGAGUCAGCAUGGAAUAGCCAUGAUAAAAGUUGUGGUUUAUGGGAAUUAUUUAAUACGCUUAUAUCUUCUUGAAAGUUGUGAAUGAACUUUGGUGGUCACAAUCUGUUGGUCAAAAUUAUAUGUAUUGCCAAUAGGUAGAUAGUCUUGCCUGUUUUGUAUUGAUGGAAAUAGAAAAACAAUUUUAGAGAAUAUACAAAGCAGAAUAAAAUAUUCAGUAUUAUGUCGUCUUAUAAAUGACACUUUCAUCUCAAUAGAGUAUUAGUUUAUUGCUACAAUUCUUCCAUCAUUUUGGAUUGUUGUGGUUGGAAGGAAUAGUGGAAUCCACUUGAAGAGUGCCUAUUUAAGAUUUUUUUUUGUGGCUAAGACAAAUCUUUUGGUCCCAAAAUUAUCCCCAUAAGACUAAUAUAUUUUUAAUGUCCUUAAUGUUUGUCGCGUAAGAAAUGUCAUUUUGAUGUCAUCAAACUAAGGUUUUAUCUAUAGUUAUUUUUUCCCAAGCUGUCCUAUUGUUUUAUUCAUCUGUUUAUAAGAGAUGAUUACAGGCUGCUUGUUUGCACAAGGGGGCACACGGUAGCAUAGUGGUUGAGGUACUAUGCUACAAGUUGGAAGGUUGCGGGUUCAAAUACCUAU